AUGAGCUCGCGUUACAGCUGUACGAAGUGUGCAAAAGUAGUUCCGAGUAAGGAGUUGUUGAUUUGUGCAUGUUGCAAGUCUUGCGCUCACAACAAAUGUGAAAUUAAUGAUGACAUUUUGGAAAUUUUGAAAAAUUCUAAAGGAUUAAAAUGGUUUUGUCACCGUUGUUUUGAUUUGUCAUUGGAUAUUGGUUCUUUAGCUAAAUCAGUGGACAAUACGAAAAAUCAAAUUGUCACUCAGCUGGACGUAUUAAACGAAAUAUAUAUGAAAAUAAAACUUGAUAUUGAUAACAUAAAAGUGAAUAUUGAACGCAAUGAGUCAAGGCUAGAUCAACUUGAUCGUUUUGAUACAACUGUGCGUGAUGGACUUGAGACAUGCAAAAACGAAUUGAAAGAAACGUAUGCUGGCAUCGUUAGGAAAGGGGGUGGUGCAAAUAUUGACGCCAUCAGGAGUGAAGUAAAAUCGUUUCAGAAAGCUCUGGAUGAGGCAAAUGAAAUUAAAGAGAGGGAAUCAAACCUGCUGAUGUUUCGUCUAUCGGAGAGUGAUGAUGAUCGUGGUAAUGUCCUCAAGAUUUUGAAGCAUCUGUCGGAGGAUGUUUCUGAUAAAAAUGUUAUCAAGGUUUUUAGACUUGGAAAAAGACAAGAAUCAGUAGUUAGACCUGUGUUGAUAAAGUUGGACAAUGUAUUUCUUAGAGAUUCAAUAAUGAGAAAUGUUAAAAAAUUCAAAUCUUUGCAGGGUUUCUCACACGUCGGUUUAAGUCAUGAUUUGACAAUGGACCAGAGACAGGAAUAUAAAACAUACGUAGAUAGAGCCAAAGCCAUGGAAAAAGAAGAGAUAAAUCGGAAUUUUUUGUUCAGAGUGAGAGGACAGGUCGGAAGGUGGAAGAUUGUAAAAUUACCUCGAAAGCAGAUGUAA